AUGAAAUAUAUCAUUAGCUAUCUUUUACUCAUUGUAAAUAUUAUCAUCCUUCUAAGUCCUGAAGAUGUUAGUAUUCAGCUCCCUACAUUAGGAAUAUCGAUUUUACGAAAUAACAUGUUUAAUUCAACUUCAGAUGCAAAAAUUCGGGAUUUUUAUUUCUAUCCUGGAGCGAAUAUUUUGGAAAAAAUUGACAAGAAAUAUCGAUUUCAUGCUGGAGAAUUCAUUUCAGAUCAAUUUUUUUCAUUUUCAUACAAGCAAAAGCCAGAAUCAUUAGAAGCUUUAAAGUACGUUGGUGAUUGUAUGCUUUCUUGUACAGAGAAAUGCAACUGUGAUUAUCCAACUCCAUUUUUGCAACAACAUAUGCACAAUUGGUCAAUCGAAAUUAAAAAUAUACCUGAUGUAUUAGAAUGGAAGUUACCAGAAGUCAUGUAUUUUCAUCAUGGACUAAGAUUUCAGCCACAAAAGAUCAAAGAUUACAUAAAAGAUAAGGAUAUCAUAGAUAUUGGUGCAGCAAUGGGAGAUUCUGCAAUAGCCUUAUCUAAUUAUACCAAUAGACGUGUUUAUUCAUACGAAAUUUCAAAACAAUUUGUAGAAACUGCCAAAAAUUUGUUUAAAACGUUCAAAAUAGAGAACAAAACCCAAAUAUUCUUGAAAGGAAUGUCUGAUAAGCCGAAAAACAAGAAAAUUCACGACGAUGCAAAUUUAGGCCAAAAUAUUAAUGUAAAUCCUGCAAAAGGAGAUGCAAAAUACGUUUUACCGAUAACAACCAUAGAUAAAGAAGUUAGUGAGUUAAACUUAAAAGUUGGCUUUAUAAAAGCUGAUGUUGAAGGAUUAGGCUUAGCUGUAUUGAGAGGAGGCUUGAAGACGAUUAAAAGAGAUAGACCAGUUAUUGAACUUGCUAGUUAUCAUAGUUAUGAUGAAUUUUUUGGUUUUCCACAAUUAUUAUUUAGUUUACCGAAUUAUUUAUUCGAAUUUCAUAAUGAAAAUGAUAUAAUAUAUUCUUUUCAUGAGGUUGCGAUCUUCGCAUACCCAGCUGAAAUUUUUUAUCCGAAAUAUUAUGAAGAUUAG